CUCAAAGCUAAGACUACAGGACAAAUAUAUUCCUGAUAAUCUUACGCGCUUUUUGAAAAUUCGAGCCAAAAUAUAUAUCUUUACAAAUGACUUGAAAUUACGUACAUUAACCAUUGGUGCGGGUUGUUUGUAUGGACUGACAUUUUUUCAUGUGAAUUUUCGUUGUAGAGAAGGGAACGCAAGGUUUCCUGUGUAAACAAACUAUGAGAAAGAUAUUCCUUGUUAUAUUUUUAUUUACUUUAUGUUCAUCACGCAGGAUUCAUAAACGGUCAGAAGAUGUAGAUCCAUUACUAAAGGAACUUUUUAGUGAGAUCAAUGACCCGGUACCUAAAGACCGUAGGGACGGACAAACAUCCGCGGAUCAAGAUGCCGGUACUGCCUCCACGACACCUAAUAACGAGGACGUUCCUAACGAUAGCGACGUGCCUACUGAUAAACCUGAAAAAUCCGGUAGUGAUAAGUCCGAUGACUCCUUAAUGCUCAACGCUGACUCUGCAGAUAAACAAACUACAACAGCGCCGGGGACUGAGGCUAAAACUACGUCUAGCUCGCAGGAUAACAGUAUGGACGAGAAUGCUAAAGAGACUGAGGCGGGUAAUGAUGACGCAUCCAUGUCUUCGUCAGAUAGUGAGGGCGAGGCUGACUCGUCAUCAACUGAUACUAAGGAUAAUACCAAACCCGAGUCUUCAAACAAAGAAUCAGCGGAUGCUCCCAAAGGUGAGACUGCAAUAAAUGAAAAGCAAGAUUCAGCGGCAGCGCCAUCUGAACAAUCGUCGACCAAGACUGAGAAUGCGGAUAAAGAAUCGCCGAAAACUGCUGAUGCCGAAACCGCAGGUAGUAAAGCAGAAAAACCAGCGGUCGUUCCGCCGCAAACGUCAUCAGAUAAUUCUGACGAUUCAAGCAAACAGUCUGCGGAAACCACCGAAAAUGAACCUUCGAAAGUUGCGCAGGAUACUCCUGCAGUCGUUACUCCAGAAGAGAAGACUCCAGAACCAUCUGAAGAUCAGGCAGCUAAGGCUUCCGAUAAUAAUUCUCCAGUCAGCGAUGAAAAACCAGCUGCUGUUUCAUCCGAAAAGGCGCCAGCCGAUUCUGAUACGUCCGGCAAACAAGAAACCAAAACAACCGAGGAGAAACCUGAAGUCACUGAGAAGGAAACUUCAGCAGAUGCUUCCGCGGAAGGAAAAACACCGGAGCCUUCUGAGCAACAGGCCGAGGAAGCACCUGCUAAGGAGCCCGCUGUCAGUAAUGGCGAAAAUUCCGCGGUAGCUUCGCCAUCUAGUGAUGCUUCAUCUAGCGAUGCUUCAUCUAGUGAUGCUUCAUCUAGCGAUGCUUCAUCUAGUGAUGCUUCAUCUAGCGAUGCUUCAUCUAGCGAUGCUUCAUCUAGUGAUGCUUCAUCUAGCGAUGAAAUGGAAAACAAAGAGCAGACUGAUGCUCCAAAUUUCAAAGACCAGCCGGAAGAGGCUGCCAUGGGCGAGGUCGCUAGCGAAACUGCUUCGGCUCCUCCGGAAAGCGAAGAAACACCCAGUACUGACGCCAACACAGAUAGUGAAAAUGACAACGCAGCGAAUCAAGUAGUAAGUUCGCCAAGCUCGGUGGAAAAUACGGUCGGAGAUCUCCCAGAAGCUGCUGCGAAUGUUGCUCCAAGCAAUCAGAAUUUGGCACCACCAUCGGAUAGUUCUGUUGACGUGCGCAGCCACGUACCAGCGGCACCAUCCACGUUAUCGCAAGCUGCUUGGUCUGCGGCGAGCCCACUUUCGGUCGCGCCUCAACCUGGAAGUAUGGAAACUAACGAGAAGAGGGGUUCGAUCAGAAAGGAUAGUAUUCCUGGUCCCCCAGCGCAGGCUGGGGGUUCCUCCUUCCCACUGCAACUCAACAAACAUUCCCCUGGGGCAGAUCUAAUAAAGAGAUUCUUCAUCGCGAAGAAGCAAGCUAAGCUGAAAAAAGAAGAAGACGCAAAAAUGAAAUCUUUGAUCGGUGAUGGCAAAUUUACUGUCAGCUCCAACAACGGUUAUUAUAAUUAUGCUGCGGCACAGCCUCAGCCCCAAGCAACUCCCACAGGUCUUGUUGACAACGGCCAAGAAGGUGCAUGUGUCGAUAAAUACGACAGUUGUCCAGAAUUCGCAAGGAACCACUACUGUACAGACUACAAGGCGUUGAUGAAAGUUCAAUGCAAAAAAUCUUGCAAAUUCUGUGAUGGGGAUGAAGAAGAAGAUGAUGAUGAUGAUGACGAUGAAGAUGCUUUUAAAACAACCGCCAGCCCAAAAGAUAAAGACGAUGACGAUGAUGAUGAAGACAGCAAAGAAAAAGAAAAAUCUGAUAAGAAGGCGGAUGAUAAAGAAGAAAAGAAGGAGUCUAGUGGCAGCGAGGAUGAAAAUGAAGAUGAAGAUGAAGACGACGAUGAUAAGCAGGGUACGAAGAAGGUUGAUGACGACGAUGAUGAUGAAGAUGGUUUGGAUGCUGUGUUAUCCGAUGAUAAGGAGGGAAGUUCUGAUGCUAAAGACAAAAAAGCGUCGAGUACCAGUAAGGAUGUUAAGGUCCAAGACUCGGGCUCAGGUACCUCCGACAAAGGUUCCGGUAAGGAUGAAGAUCUCCCACCAACCGCUGAGGAAUUUGAGACUGACGAUGAAGAUGAUAAGGAAAAAAACAACGGGUCUGGAAGCGAAGGGGACGAGAGCAAGGAGGAUGAUGAUAGUGACGAGUUGGCUAAAGAUUUAGCUGAACAAGAACUGUUCAGUGAACAGAAACCUAAGAAGAGCACUAUCCCAAGGCCACAACCCGAUUUGCCUGCGGCUUACCCUAAAAUUGAUCUUAAGGACAUCGCCCGUUAUGUGUCCUUGUAUCGCAAUGUCGCGAAGAAACUCUUUGGAGAGGCUUUGAACAGCGCAAAGAAAGAAUUCGUCGCACAACAGUCUAAGAGGUCUGAUAUCCCAGUCCCCAUCAAGGAACGACUGCGCUCCGAGAAGAACUCUGGAGAUUCCUUGGAAGGCUUCUACUCCAGUCAGGAUAAAAAGCGGGAUCAAAUCCCAGCAAUGGAUCCAAACAACGCUCAGUAUACUCAGACUGAUGAGCAAUGGGCGAACAAGGCUUACCAGGAGGCAGAGAGUUAUCUGAGAAGUAAGAUUCCAGAGUUCAAGAAUUACGCUCCGCCUGCCAUGUUCAACUAUCCAUUCUACAUCAACGAUCCGAAGAAGGCCGCGAAACAAAAGGAGACAAACGAGGGAACGACAUCGAAGAAAUCCGAAAUCCCGGAAAGUCCCGAGCAGCAAUACAACAAGACGCUCACGGACAUCCUCAGACGGGACCACGUUGAAAAGAAGGUCUCGGAUCCAUACGAAUACCUCCGUGACAUGAUCCCCGGCUCCUCGAUGAAGCCUAUCGCCAGCAAAAAUGGUAUCGAAUACAUUCCCGAUACUUACUCGCGGCCAUUACAGCUUCGUACCAAGAGUCAGUGGUUCGAUGUGGUUGCUAAGAAAAGGACCGGAAUUCCAAGGGCCCCAGCGCCAGCAGCACCUGCUCGCAAUAAUGUAGUCCGACCAGCAGCGGUUCCACAAAUGCAGACUGGUCCGGAAGCGCUUGCCGCCCAAAUGGCACAAUACAAGUCAACUGUAUCAGGUACUACAUCAAGUCCUGACGCUGAGCAAGGCACGGCAAGAUCCGACGUGUCACAACCUGAACUCCAGCAGUUACCAGAAGCUGAGAACGUUAACUUCUUGCAAUCAAACCAAGGGGUUGAACAGACACCAUCAUUCCAGCAAAUUGACUCCAGAAGCAAAGUUGUGAAUAAAAAUGUCCCGCAAGCUUUACCCCCGCUCUUACAUGACGUCCCCGGACAUAGCUCGCAGAACACAAACACCUUUCAUCAGUUACCACCCCUGAACCAUGGCGAGUUACCCCCGUUAAACCACGCUGAUCUACCACCGUUGCAUCACGGGAAUACAAAUAAUCCGUCAAACUUGCUGACGUCAGAGGUUAAUAGAGGAACCAACAAAGGUGCAUCAUUUACAGCCCAGUACAGUAAUCCAGUAGAUAAAACGUCAGAUAAGCCUUCACCUCCGUUGGUCGGUAAACAGAAGGAUCCUUCAGCUUUGAAGGAUAGAGUCGCUCCAGUGCAAGAUAUGCAGAUUGGAAUUCCCACUGCAUAUUCAGAUCAACGGAGGACAAAAGAAUCGCAGGCUCCAACGCGAUUAUUUUCUGGGGCACAAAAUGGCCAAAGCAGACAGUUCCCUUCGACCCCCGGCGAUCCUUUUCCUGUUCCCCUCCCCCCUGAAGGCAUGUCACAAGAUGCAUCGACAAAUCAGGUAUCGUCUACGAAUCAGGCACCACCUCCAGCAAAUCAGGCCUCUUUGCCCGCAGUUCCGGCACCUGUGGCACAGAAUGUAUUUUCCACAAACCAGAACGGCUACCAGCCUGAACAAAGCUACGUCGUCCCGGUGUUAAAGAAAAACUUGAUCCGUCCACAUCCAGACUUGCAGUGCGACGAGGGAUGGAGAGGAGCAUCAGGUGACUUUGGAAGCUUCUGUUACAAUAUCAUGUACAAGCGCCUCUCUUGGAAGAACGCACGAGAAUCGUGUAAAAAUUUCGGGGGAGAUUUGUUCAGCGUUAGGAACGCUUAUGAACAACGAUUCCUCAAUGGUAUUGCAAACUCUCCCCUGUGGAUUGGAUACCAGGACAAGGCUAGCGAUGGCACGUGGUCCUGGGUCGACGGCAGUACCACCGUCUACACCAACUGGGAUACCACAAGCGCUCAAGAUCAAAAGCAGACAGAUUGCGUCAUCUUGGACUCUGAGGAAGGGAAAUGGCGCGAUGUGCCUUGCAAUGAAAAGCAUAAAUUUCUCUGCAAAAGGACUGGAGAUUGUGAUGAAAAGAGUGGAUGGAAACUUCUGACAUUGUCAUCACUCAAAGGUUGUUACCGACUGAGCGACAAAAAACGAGCUUGGGACGAAGCAUCACGAACCUGUAGCAAAGACAACGCAAACCUUGCGAGUAUUUUGAGCGAUGACGAGCAAAUUAUGAUCUCACAGGUGUACUCCGACGACAACAUAUGGAUUGGUUAUAACGACCGUGAAAGCGAGGGGGAUUGGACCUGGACUGACAAGAUGACGUCGUCAUAUACGAACUGGAACGACGCUUCGCCGAACAAUGGUGGAGUUUCAUGCGCCUUGGUUACAUCGCCCAGCGGUUCUUGGCGUGACGAAUCGUGCAAAACGUCGCAUGAUUUUAUUUGCAAAAAACCGCCAAAAGGUGCAACACAAGAAAAGAUGAACGAGGAAAUUUCUCCUCCUGUGGCGGCUCUUCUUCAAGGCAAGACUCAAGACAGUUUGUUAGAAGAUGUUGCUCCAAUUGGUGGGUCUUCGCCAGCUGUUCCAGUGUAUUUCUGGCCUCUUCUCAAGACAACCGCUGGUCAUACGCGAGGCACUGAUCACGCAGAACCUCAUGGUAAUGUUCGACAGGUUCAGGAUGGAAUUGAACUAAAUGGCAUAGAUGCCUGGUUGGACGGAGGCGACUUCCAUGGUAAAUGUUUCUCAGAUCCUGAACGGUGUAUAAAAGGGCUGUCUGUUGCGAUGCAGAUCAACCUCGAUGACAAAUCGAGAUCAUACAAAGAUAAACAUGUUGUUAUCGAUACUAGUGGAGGUAAACGAGGAGUGUCUGUGUACAUCAGGGACAACUCGCUACAUUAUCGUGUCAGCACGGGCUCCAAGGCCUGGGAGCUGGCAACGGACCUAAUGACAAACGAAUGGCAAGAUGUUGUCAUGACAUGGAAACGUGCGGAUGGUCUGGGAUUGUAUGUAAACGGAGCAUUCAAAGAUAGGGUUAAACAUGGGUUCAAAAUCUCACCCGUCAAAGAUGAACAGACGCAUUUGUUAAUUGGAAAAAGUGUUGACGACGUAUGAUAAG